AUGAGGUAUGUGGUAUUUCCACACAACAGCAAUGUCAUUCGACAGCCAGCAACCACAUUCUCACAAAAACCAUGUGAGCAGUUAAUGUGUACACCAAUAAACAUGGCGCACAACGUGUUAAAGACUUUCAGUUUGAUCCUCGCUUUCGUAGUUCAAGGCCUGGCUGUGAACCUGGUGGGGUGUGGACCUGAUAAGCCGCUGGUAGUGCAAGAAAACACUCAGAACUAUACCAUUGUCUGUGAAGAUAUUCGCAGCGAUAAUGAUGUUCGUUGGGUUUUGACGAGGACAGUCUCAAAUCGCACUGGAAGUAAUGUUGGCGACUGUCGUGGAAAUGAUUCAGUCUGCGCAGGGGGGAGUUCUCUCUUUUCAUUCUCACGCCCCAGCAGAAAUAUCUCUAUAGUACAGAUUGCGAAGGUUGACAGAUCAAUGUUUGGUGCGGCUAAUGUUACCUGUAGUGGGAUUUCGCAAACAGGAGAACUGGUUGUGAUCAACAGCAGCUGCAAUAUUGAUAUAAUUUAUAUUGCCGAAAAUAUAUCGUGCAAGACUGAAUUCAUGAAAGACACCUGGACUGUGUUCGGUCAUUGUGAUAUUUAUAAAACCAGUUCAUCACAUAAUAGAUACAGGUGUACGUGGAUCGAGAUAAAUGAGUCGUUUAGAGAAUCGGUCGUUAUUGCAAACACACCAAUGACAGUCGCACCUUUUGCUGGAACAUAUGUCAACGGAUCCUGUAAUUUCACCAGUCACCUACCACCCGCCGGUCUGUACACAUACCACGUGACUGUUAUUCCUGGCGAAGUGACAGUCAAUGCGAGCUUUGUUGGCAGUAACGAAAUACGUCGCCCCUCAAGCACACCUUACCACAACUGUCCACAGUAUGUACCGAAAAGCAAAGGUGUUACCUGCGAGUGUUUUGUUGAUGACCUGGGCAGCCCACCUGGUGUAGUCCUGUGGAAUACAACUCGAUCCCCAGAACUUCGUUUAACAGACUCACAGGUUAUACACAAUAUGUCGCAUGUCUGUCAGCUUUUGUGGAACAACACCUUUGUCCGGUCUGUGGAAUAUGUCGUUAAUAUUGUAGAUUCUCCUAGAGUGUUGACAUUCAACAUGAAUAAUAUUGGGAGCAAAACAGUGAAUAUUGAUGAGAACGCUCACGUGGAGAUGAGAUGCAAUUCUGAUGGAAAGCCAACUCCGAACAUUCAGCUCGUAAAUGUAUCAAAUCCUUUUAAUUUGCUUAACCAGAGCUACACACAGGAAGUAAGUUACAUUAUAAAUCAAGCUCCGUGUGAAGCCUCUGGAGUUUACAGAUGUGAUGUCAACAACAGCAUCGGACAGGACAGUCAGAGUUGUAUACUGCUUGUAUCCUGUGCCCCAAAGGGAACCAGCAUUGAUAGGAAUCCUCCAACUGUCAAUGUAACAAAUGGUUCAGGAGUGCUAACAGUUAACAUGACUGCUUAUCCCCAACCACAGAUUAAAACAUCAGUCUAUCUGGGCACAAAUGACAGUUCUGAUGGAAACAAAGUAAAGGAAAACAGUAUCUAUGCUGCCUGCUCCACCACUUUGUCUACAGCUUUAGUCACCUGCAAUGUCAUAGUCAUCAACAUGACACACAAUGACGAGGGUUUCUACAGAAUCGUCUUCAGCAACAGCUUAGGAGACUUGCCUUUCACAUUCUAUGUCAAAGUGUCAGAGAAUGACCAGCAGGCCGGGGCGACCACAAAGACAGACGAGAAAAUCGCUGGAGUAAUCGUGCUGGCUGUGAUGUUGUCCGUUGUCGUUGUGUUGAUUCUUGUUGCUAUCAUCUGGGUGUGGCGACGUGGAUGGACUUUACCGUGUGCUGAUAUAACUAAUCAAAGGAGCACGCACCAGAACCAAAGUAGUGUUGACACCUCAGAACAUUACUUGACUCCAGUGACAACAAACACACUAAUCACGACACAAGGAAGAGCGACUCCGCUUUAUGACGCAUUACAGAUGAAAGAUGUCGGAAUGCAAUCACACUAUGAAGGAAUACGACAAGAGCACAAUGGCUCGGAAAUAUCUUCUAAUAAAGAUUUGAGCAGCAAUAUGCGGAAGACAAGAAACGAACCAAUAUAUGUGAACUAAGGAGGUGCAGUUGUCGUCGAAGUCCUCCGAGGGCUGUGUAAAGAUUUUAUGCAUAUUACAGAUUUUCACCAACCCUA